AUGAGCUAUGCUGAGCCAUUUGGUCACAAACCAAGUGAAGUAGAGGAAUUAAUUAUGGGACAUGAGAACCACACUUUCAGCAGUGACUUCAUUCUUUUGGGACUCUUCACAUCUUCUCAAACAAGCCUAGCUUUCUAUUCCCUUAUAUUCAUCGUUUUCCUGAUGACUGUAGCAGAGAACACAGUCAUGAUCCUCCUGAUCCACAGGGACUCACACCUCCACACCCCAAUGUAUUUCCUGCUCAGCCAUCUCUCUUUUAUGGAUAUCUUGCACAGCACCAACAUUGUUCCCAAAAUGCUCACUGACUUUCUGUCUGACAGCAAGACUAUUUCAUUUGCAGGCUGUGGCUUCCAGAUAUUUCUGUCCAUCUCCCUCCUGGGGGGUGAGUGCUUUCUCCUGGGAGCAAUGUCCUAUGAUCGCUAUGUGGCCAUCUGUCACCCACUGCGGUAUCCCAUUCUUAUGAAUGAGUAUGUCAUCGUUUUCUUGGCCGGAGGAUCCUGGAUUGUCGGGACUCUCAAUUCUAUUAUUCACACAACUUAUGUCCUCCACUUCCCCUUCUGUGGCUCAAGGGCCAUCGAUCACUUUUUCUGUGAAGUCCCUGCCAUGUUGAAGUUGUCCUGUGCCGGCCUCUACACUGACACAUCUGUCUUUGAGUACGCCAUGUACACCUGCUGUGUGUUAAUGCUCCUGGUCCCACUUUCCCUCAUCCUGAACUCCUAUAGUCUCAUUCUGGCUGCUGUUCUCCAGAUGCAUUCUGCGGAAGCCCGUAGAAAGGCUUUUGGCACAUGCUCCUCACAUUUGGCUGUGGUGGGACUGUUUUACGGAGCUGCCAUUUUUUCCUACAUGAGACCUAAAUCUAAUAGGUCAGCUAACCAUGGCAAGGUUGUGUCAACAUUUUAUACUAUCUUCACCCCUGUGCUGAACCCCCUCAUCUACAAUCUGAGGACCAAUGAUGUCAAGGGAGCCCUGACAAGGCUUAUGGGCCAGUGUCCUGCCUUAAAUAAUAACUGA